AUCAUGUUGCGCCAUUGAUGUCUGAGAAGGUCUGACUAUGGAGAACAUCAAGAAGGAGACGAUAGGGUUAGACUACUGGUAUCAAUGGCAAGUCCCUGUCUGCGCUCUGAUCAUCGUCAUUCCUUUGAUCAUAGCCAUUCGACUCAUCCGUAAAGGCAACGGUCUUCCUCUCAUAUCUUCUGAUCUUUGGAUUCCUUCAUGGAGAAAUCUCAAUCCCGUCUUCCUCCUCCUCUUCAGAGCCUCCGCACUAAUUUCCAUGUCUUUCACUCUCUAUCUAACCUACCUCCGUCUCGGCAGAGUGUUUGUCUUCUAUUUUUACACUCAGUGGACUUUUACAUUGGUCACGAUCUACUUUGCUCUUGUUACUGUCAUAUCAGCCCGUGGAUGCUUUGUUUAUUCGAAAACAUCAGUGCCUGAAAUUGAAGAUGGUGAGGAGAUUAGUAGUAGAGGCAAGAGAAGAAGCAUCAUGAAGAUGAAAGCUGACUUCCUUGAACAAUUCACUCAGGCUAUUUAUCAGAUUUGUGGAGGUGCUUCAAUGCUAACUGACAUAGUAUUUUGGGGUCUUUUAGUCCCCUUUAUGCUAGAUGAAAAAUUCAAGCUUACAAUGCUGAUUUCAGCUAUGCACAGCAUGAACGUGGUUUUACUCAUUAUCGAUUCCGCACUAAAUAGACAGCCGUUUACCUGGUUCGGCUUGAACUAUUUUAUUGUAUUGAGUGUCACCUAUGUCAUUUUUCAAUGGGUUCUUCAUGCUUGUGGUUUUACUUGGUGGCCAUAUCCUUUUCUUGAACUUGCCACGCCAUGGGCACCUUUAUGGUAUUUGGCACUGGCUUUGGUUCAUCUUCCAUGUUAUGGUAUCUAUAUUUUGCUUAACAAAGCAAUGGUCACCAUUUUCUCUAAAAUGUUCCCCAAGGCAUAUGUGAGGAGCUUAGAUAAUGUUGGAGCACAAUUUUCAGAGAAGAAGCAGACCUAGAUAUGAUAUGGUCUUUUAGUAUCAUCAUAUUAUUCUUAUGCAGCAACAUUAAUUAUUCCUAGAAUGAAUGAAAACCUUACAAUCUUCUUUACAUAAAUUAAGAUUCAAUACACAAUCAGAAGACCCUAUUUGUUCAGUGG